ACCCAUUUCCUCGUUUUUCCGCACUCGUCAGAUUCCCUUUCUUGCCCGACGAGAAAAAGCCCUUUUUCUCUCUUCCCAAACAGCAAAUCCCUCUGCUAGUAUUACUUCUUUUCAUUUUACUUUUACCGGAGAAUUCCUGAUCGGAAAAUCUCGACAUUUCCGGCAACUGUUCGGAGAUGGGUUCUCCGGAAAAUACCAAUUGGCUAUUCGAUUACGGUUUGAUCGAGGAUAUAUCUGUCCCCGAUGGGAAUUUCUCUGCUCCAACUUCUGGAUUUAGUUGGCCGGUGCAAGCCUUGAACGGCUCGUCCAAUGUCAGCUUGGAAGUUGAUGGCUCAUUUGGGGAUUCAGAUGGUAUAAAAGAAACCAGCUCAAAAAAGCGGACGAGAUCCGAAUCAUGUGCCCCAUCAAGUUCGAAAGCAUGCAGGGAGAAGUUGCGGAGGGAUAGGCUAAAUGACAAGUUUAUGGAAUUGGGUUCUAUACUUGAGCCCGGAAGGCCUCCUAAAACAGACAAAUCUGCUAUUUUAGUUGAUGCUGUUCGGAUGGUGACUCAGUUACGGGGUGAAGCCCAGAAGUUGAAGGACUCAAAUUCAAAUCUCCAGGAAAAGAUUAAAGAAUUAAAGGCUGAGAAGAAUGAGCUUCGUGAUGAGAAGCAGAGGCUAAAGGCUGAGAAAGAGAGACUGGAACAACAGCUGAAAACCAUGAAUACUCAACCUGGCUUUCUGCCUCCUGCAAUCCCUGCUGCAUUUGCUGCUCAAGGCCAAGUUGAGGGCAACAAGUUGGUACCUAUCAUUAGUUACCCAGGAGUUGCCAUGUGGCAGUUCAUGCCACCUGCUGCUGUUGAUACCUCCCAGGAUCAUGUGCUCCGUCCGCCAGUUGCCUAAGUUGGCAGCCUAAGCCUGAAAUGGCUUGGGUCGGCUGUGUGUUCUAGAGAAAUGUUCACUCUAUUUCUCAUUGCACCUGAUUGUACUAGUUUUUGCUGAAAUAUUCAACUGGAUUUUGUGAUUUAAGGAAGAUGUUUGCUAUACUUAUAUUUUCACAAGUUGAUGCUGGUUUUCACAUGUAAAUUUAAAUAAGUUAAUCUGAUAGCGUAAGUUUACAUUUGA